AUGCAUCGUCUUUUUGCUGAGCUGGAGCCAUCUUUAAUCGUCACAGAGCAAAACCUGGCAGACCGAGUUCGGUAUAUCUUGCGCUCAAAUAUAUUUGAUGUCGCCGAACUCGAACGGCUACGACGUGAGGCUGUUCCCUCGUCGGAUGAGAAUGCUACGGCUGAGGAUGCGGCGCCACAAAUGGUAGAGCAACCCGCAAACGUGGAUGCCGCCGUGAAUACCCCAGUUGUGGUUGAUUCAAACGAUGAUGGAACAGUCGCCCAGGAACUGGAAUUAGAGCAUAUGAGGAGUAUAUUGGAAGAGGCGAUUGUGGAAACGCGCAGUACGCCUCUCGAAAAUCGACCGCGACUUCCCCGCAUAGCCCUAAGCAAGCGGAAUCGGGCUGUCGUGAGGGCUCUGAACCCAAUGCUGGUUACCUAUUUGGAAGCCAGCCGGGACCUUUGCGAGACGGACUCAAUUCUUUUUGGCGCCGUGCUGGCAGUCUGCCGUAUUAUAGGCGCCAAGGUUUCCACGGCUGGACGCGCUACUGGCCAUAGUAGCGCUAUCCCAGCAUGGAGAAGAAGAAUUGAGGAACGUAUCGCAAAGGCUAGAGCUCUCAUCGGCAGACUGAUAUGCUUCAGAUCAGGCAACAACAGGCCAAGAAUUGUGCGCACCGUCAGGAUGGCGUUUGCUGGGACAAAUGUCAGUUUGUCCCAGCCGGAUAUAACGCAAAAACUGACGGAGCGCAUAGAUGAUCUGAAGCAGAGAAUCGCUGCUUGGGGAAAGCGGAUUCGGCGAUAUACCGAGAGGUCGACACGGUUCAACCAGAAUUGUCUCUUCCAGAGUGAUCAGAAGAGGCUCUAUGAAUCAUUGGAGCGACCAAUGGUAAGUGGAACGGGUCCAGCACCGAAUCAGGCCGACACUGUAGCAUUCUGGCGGGGCCUGUGGUCAGAGCCCGUAAACCACAACGAGGGCCCUUGGACGGAAGUUGUGGCGAGUCAGUGUGCGGGUAUUACGCCCAUGGACCCCGUCAUCAUAACGCCGGAUGACGUAGCUGAGGCGGUUCGUAGGGCCCCGAACUGGAAAAGUCCGGGGCUUGACGGGCUGCAUCACUACUGGCUGAAGGGGUUCAUGGUGUGUCACUCUGUGCUCGCCCGACAGUUUCAAGAGGCUCUCAACCAGAAGUCGCUCCCAAGCCUCUUCACUACUGGGAUCACUCAUUUAGUUCCUAAAGACCAGGGUACCACAGACCCGAGCAAAUACCGCCCCAUCACGGCGAAAGGGGGAGAAAUUGGAGGUUUCGCGUAUCGGGCUAGGAUGCAUCGUCUUUUUACUGAGCUGGAGCCAUCUAUUACUGUCACCGAGCAAAACCUGGCAGACCGAGUUCGGUAUAUCUUACGCUCAAAUAUAUUUGAUGGCGCCGAACUCGAACGGCUACGACGUGAGGCUGUUCCCUCAUCAAAUGAAAACGCUACGACUGAGGGUGCGGUGCCACAAGUUGCAGAACAACCCGCACACGUGGAUGCCGCCGAGAAUACCCCAGUGGUUGCUGAUUCAAAUGAAGAUGGAACAUUCACCCAGGAACUAGAAAUAGAGCAAAUGAGGAGUACAUUGGAAGAGGCGAUUAUGGAAACGCGCAGUACGCCUCUCGAAAAUCGACCGCGACUUCCCCGCAUAGCCCUAAGCAAGCGGAAUCGGGCUGUCGUGAGGGCUCUGAACCCAAUGCUGGUGACCUAUUUGGAAGCCAGCCGGGACCUUUGCGAGACGGACUCAAUUCUCUUUGGCGCCGCACUGGCAGUCUGCCGUAUUAUAGGCGCCAAACUUUCCACGGCUGGACGCACUACUGGACAAAGUAGUGCUAUCCCAGCCUGGAGAACAAGAAUUGAAGAACGUAUCGCAAAGGCUAGGGCCCUCAUCGGCAGACUGAUAUGCUUCAGGUCAGGCAAUACCAGGCCAAGGAUUGUGCGCACCGUCAGGAUGGCGUUUGCUGGGACAAAUGUUAGUUUGUCCCAGCCGGAUAUAAUGCAAAAACUGACGGAGCACAUAGACGACCUGAAGCAGAGAAUCGCUGCUUGGGGAAAGCGAAUUCGGCGAUAUACCGAGAGGUCGACACGGUUCAACCAGAAUCGUCUCUUCCAGAGUGAUCAGAAGAGGCUCUAUAAAUCAUUGGAGCGACCAAUGGUAAGUGGAACGGGCCCAGUACCGAAUCAGGCCGACACGGUCGCGUUCUGGCGCAGCCUGUGGUCAGAGCCCGUAAACCACAACGAGGGCCCUUGGACGGAAGUUGUGGCGAGUCAGUGUGCGGGUAUUACGCCCAUGGACCCCGUCACCAUAACGCCGGAUGACGUAGCUGAGGCGGUCCGUAGGGCCCCGAACUGGAAAAGUCCGGGACUCGACGGGCUGCAUCACUACUGGCUGAAGGGGUUCGUGGAAAUGAAGGACACUAUAAAUAAUUUACGGUCAGAGAUCGCAAGUACGCAAAAUGAGCUGGAUAAUACUAUAAUUGAGAACAACGACCUUCGGAGACAAAUCACAAAAUUAACACAAGAAAAUAACCUACUAAAAACUCUAUGUCAAUCACCAAUAAAGGAUAUCCAAAUGAAACACCAAAACGUAAUAAAAGAGAAAAAUAUUCAUUCUGCUCACUUCAAAGUUUUAUAUUCGCCAACCGCUUCUACGCCCUCAAAAUUAUCUGAAAGGAAAAAAAUAGAAAAGGUAUUUGAUGCGGAGACAGCUAUUAUCUUAAAACAAAGGAUUUCGGAAUUAGAAAACCAAUUAAAGAGCGCUGAAAACGAAAUUAAAAUUCUUAAUGAAAAAAUUCAAAUGUUGUAA